AGCUCAUCUCAAGCACAGCCUCUCGCUGCCUCCUAAGAUGGAGCCAGGCGCAUCUGCCUCCGUGUGGGAGCGCUUCCUGACCGCGGAGCGCCCCAAAGGCGACUCAUGGGUGCUUGGUGACUUCAACUUGAACCCUACGGGCCUGCCCCGGCGCGGCGUGCCGCACAAUUGCGCCGACAAGAAAGGCAGCGAGGGCGUGCGCCGCGCCAUGUCGGAGGAGCCGGUGCUGCUGUCCAGCCGCGAGAGCGCCCAGGCGGGCGCGCGCAGGCGCUCGAAGACGCCUUUGAUGGGCUACGGACAGGCCCACCAAGGAGACGAGAACCAGCCGGAGGCAGGCGACAUGCCGCGGCGCCGCCUUUCGGAGCUCUCGGGGAGCAUGACCAGCGGGGAGUCCAUCCGCCAGGUCCUCCGCAGCCCGCGGUCGCCGCGGUGCCUUUCCGGAGGUCCCACCCGCCGCAGCAAGACGGCGUCGGAGACCAUCCUCUGCGGGGUGGGCGAGCGUUCGGUGCCGCCCCGGCGGCAGCUGAGCGCCAGGGGCGACGGCAAGGCGAACUGUGACAAAAACAUGGUCUCCUCAAUUCCCAUCCGGGAUCUGCCGCUCUACAACAGCAACGGCACGCUGCUCCAGACGGGGCGCACCGAGAAUCACGUCGGCUCCCGACUCCUCGAGCACAAGCGGGCCAUGACGCCCUACUCGCAGCGGCGCCGGGAAGACACGGUGAAGGACCUGCUGUCUCCCCCACUUGCGGAGCCGACGGCCUGCGAGCCAGUGACGCCGGAGACGAUGGCGUCCUCUUUCGCCUCGUCCCGCCUGCUGGCGUCACCGCGGGAGGUGCGGGAGGCACCGGCGACACCCCGGCAAAACACGCCGGCGGGCCGCGGCACGGGCGCGGUCCCGGCGCUGGCCGCGGCGGCGGCGGGGCGCUCUGCAGCGCUGGCGCUGUCGGCGGCGGCGCGACGCGGGGACGCGGAGAUGGAACUGGAGAGGUCCAAGUGCCUAUCCAAGUUCGACAGGCUGUGCUCCGCCCCGGGGCGGGCUGCGCGGGGCGGCCGCUUCCAAGAACACUGGAGCUUCCGGCCGAGCCGCCGGAUCUCCAACGUGGAGACGUCCCAGCCCUUUGCCACGGACUUCACGGAGCUUCAGCGGUCGCCUUCCCCCCGUCAGCAUCCGCUGGACGUGGCCUCAGCCCAAUUCCUGGGCGAGAGCCCGGAGAUGUUGGGCGCCUCCGAGCGGCACCAAGACGCCCGUCGCACCUGGCAGCUGGAGAUGGAGAUGGCCAAGAUCUCCCUGGCAGCCGGCCGCAUUGCCGCGGUCUCCACCCUGCAAAGCACCAGGCGCGCAGCCACGCCGGGCGCGUCCAAACCGCGGACGCCGCGCGUGGGCUCGGCGCCCUCGAAGACGUCGCCGGCGAAGGCGGCGGCGGCGCUGGAGAUGUCACCGCGGGCGAGCUCCCGGCCUGCUGUGCGGAAGGUGCAGGCGCCGACCAAAGAGGCCGAGGCUCCGGUCGCCAUUCGUGUGGAGCUCAAGAUGCCGGACCAGCCUUCCCCCAGAAGGAUCUUGGAGGAGAAGGCGUCGCCGCAGGCUGCGGCGCAGAUGGUGUCGAUGAUUGACAAGCUCAUUUGCCGUGAGCCGCAGCCGCGGGAGCCACGGUCGCAGCCGGAGUCGGAGGGCCAUCUCACCCCCGGCGAGCCCCGGGUUUCGCCAAGGGGUGCCAAGGAGCCGGAGCCGGAAUCCAUCACGUCCCCGGUGCGGUACCCCCGGCUCUUGAGCUGCGCUGCCGAGCGGGCGCCCUCCAAACCAAUGCAUUUGGAGGCGAAGCCGGAGCCCGCGAAGCCGCCGGCGCGUCGGGAGGCGAAGCCGAAGCCCAGCGCCGCUGGGCCGAGGCUCAAGAUCAGCGACCUCCGUGGGGAUUUACGGGUGAGAUGAGGCGCCCCGAGAGGGGGAAACGAGGGACGGACGAAAGACGCCAGACGAAAGCCCAGGGCGGCGGGAAAAACCCUAAAAAUGC